CCAGCCCCGCAUUCCAGCUCAGGGGGUAGAAGAUAUAAACUUCAGGCCUCUUGGCCACGCUGCAUGAUUACUAAAGACUUCCAACAACAACAUGAAGUUGGGAGGCCUCCUUCUUCUCGGGACUCUCAUUACUCUCAGCCUAGUGGUACAGGAGCUUCAGGCGGCAGUGAGACCAUUGCAGCUGUUGGGCACCUGCAUUGACCUCUGCAAAAGUGACUGGGACUGUUCGCCAGAGGAGAAGUGUGUCAUCCAUGAGUGUAGUCACAUCUGUGUUGAACGUGAAGAACAUCGGGCCUCUUCUUCCCCAAACCUUGUCUAGACUAGGUAAAAGCUUAAGUGUCGUGUUCCCUGAAAGCUGUUCAUCUCUUCCUGAAGUUUCUACCGGCAAAGAUGUGGCUACAGUAUUUGGAUAUUCUUGCCCAGAAAGACAGAUGGAGGAGGGACACGUGGACAGAGACUACACAGAUAAUGAAGCAAAGGGAAAAGGAGGUGUUUCUUUUAAUAAAUUGUAAUUGUAAAAGUAA